GUUACCUUGUAUGAAUGUCACUCACAAGGAGAAAUCCGGUUGUUGCAAUCUUAUGUGGAUGCUGAUGCCGAUGAAAACUUUUAUACAUGUGCGUGGACCUAUGAUAGUAAUACAAGUCAUCCUUUGCUGGCUGUUGCUGGAUCUAGAGGCAUAAUCAGAAUAAUUAAUCCUAUAACAAUGCAGUGUAUAAAGCAUUAUGUUGGCCAUGGAAAUGCUAUAAAUGAGCUGAAAUUCCAUCCAAGAGAUCCAAAUCUUCUCUUAUCAGUAAGUAAAGAUCAUGCUUUACGAUUAUGGAAUAUCCAAACGGACACUCUUGUCGCAAUAUUUGGAGGCGUAGAAGGGCACAGAGAUGAAGUUCUAAGUGCUGAUUAUGAUCUUUUGGGUGAAAAAAUAAUGUCCUGUGGUAUGGAUCACUCUCUUAAACUUUGGAGGAUCAAUUCAAAGAGAAUGAUGAAUGCAAUUAAAGAAUCUUAUGAUUAUAAUCCAAAUAAAACUAACAGGCCUUUUAUUUCACAGAAAAUCCACUUUCCUGACUUUUCUACCAGAGACAUACAUAGGAAUUACGUUGACUGCGUGAGAUGGUUGGGUGAUUUGAUACUUUCCAAGUCUUGUGAAAAUGCCAUUGUAUGCUGGAAACCUGGCAAAAUGGAAGAUGAUAUAGAUAAAAUUAAACCUAGUGAGUCUAAUGUGACUAUUCUUGGGCGAUUUGAUUACAGCCAGUGUGACAUUUGGUACAUGAGGUUUUCUAUGGAUUUCUGGCAAAAGAUGCUUGCAUUGGGCAAUCAGGUUGGCAAACUUUAUGUUUGGGACUUAGAAGUAGAAGAUCCUCAUAAAGCCAAAUGUACAACACUGACUCAUCAUAAAUGUGGUGCUGCUAUUCGACAAACCAGUUUUAGCAGGGAUAGCAGUAUUCUUAUAGCUGUUUGUGAUGAUGCCAGUAUUUGGCGCUGGGAUCGACUUCGAUGAAAUUCUUUCCUAAUCAAAAUUAGAUUGUGUUUGCCUUUGUAAACUAGAAUUAAUGUAUCUUGCUAGUAAGGGCACAUAGAGCAUUUAGAGUUGUAUUUCAGCAUUCAAUCAGGCUGAGCUGAAUGUAGUGAUGUUUACAUUGUUUACAUUCUUUGUACUGUCUUCCUGCUCAGACUCUACUGCUUUUAAUAAAAAAUUUAUUUUUGUAAA